GUUCAUGCGUAUUCGAAUACUGUGGAAAGCCCCCAGCGCCCUCGACAUUUGCAGGCCUUGUCCAUGAUUUCACUAGCUUGAAGCAUCCCAUUGCGCGUGCGCCUAUUCGAAGACUCAGAUAACCAGAUAGAACCGAUGUUUCAAUCAGGGAGUGAUGGAGUAGCCUUUCGCAGCUUAGCCCCGUGGUGGCUAUAAAAGUCUCCAAGAUAAUCAUCAUCUUCGCUUCCCAGUUUCACGUCUCAGUGGAACUACCAUGGUCGACGCGUCCAGCUACAAAGCUCUGAAGUCAAAGAGAGGCUUCAAUUAUCACUACUUGUCAAUCCCAGCAAAGGGAGCCAAGCCAACCCUUCUUCUCGUCCAUGGCUUUCCUUCUACUUCGCACGACUGGCACUACCAGAUCGAAUACUUCUCCGCUCAAGGCUUUGGCCUCAUUGUACCCGACAUGUUGGGAUAUGGUCAAACAGACAAACCAGAGGAUGUCAAAGCAUACAACCACUUUGCAAUGUCCGACGACAUUAUUGACAUCCUGGACGCCGAGAACGUAGGAAAGGUAGUUGCCAUCGGACACGAUUGGGGGUCAGUUUUGAUUACAUCCCUUUCGAUACGGCACUCCGACCGUUUUAUCGGUUUUGCGUGGCUAGCAGCAGCCUACGUUCCUCCGGUCUCAGUUUACAAUGUAGAUCUCAUUUUGGAGAUGCAAACAAAAGCCAUAGGUGUACCCCUCAUGGGCUAUUGGAAGUUUUUUGAGCAAGACAGUGCCGCUACAACUAUUGAGAACAACAUUGAUACUUUCAUUAAUUUGCUAUAUCCCCAUGAUCCCGAAUUGUGGAAGACAGCGAUGCGAAUUCCAGGCAAUCUGCAACCAUCUGUUGAACGAGGUGACCAAUACAAGAAGGCUGACUAUCUGAGCGAAGAGCAUUAUACUCACAUACGAUCAUCGUUACUGAAAGGCGGAUUGACCAGUCCCUUGAAUUGGUAUAAAUCCGCUAUUCAGGGUGUCAACCGCGAGGACGUUCUCGCUAUUGCCCCAGAAAGUCUGCAAAUCAAGAAGCCAGCUUUCUAUGGCUGUGCACUAAAGGACUAUGUUUGCGUCCCCGCGAUGAGCAAGGCCAUAAUGGAGAAAUUCGCAACCAAUGGUUUGACGUUGGUAGAUUUUGACACUGGACACUGGGCUCAUGUGGAAAGUCCCACAAAGGUGAAUGAGGAACUCGAGAAGUGGGUGGGAAGUAUUGUAUCCGCAUGAACGUAGGCUUGUGUAUCUACCAUCUGUUUUGUAAACUAUGUAAUAUCUUUGAAUGAUAACGUCUUCGAUAACGCUACA